AUUUUGAACUAUUAGCGUACUCGGCAACUUUCAUCACCUCAGUUCUCAGUCACGCUUUUAAAGGAAACUGUAAAAAUGGACAAUCGAAAAUUAGGUAUUUGUGCUAUAUUUUUUGAUUUGGAUAAUACUCUCGUAAAAACUAGAAAGGCCGAUGAAGAAACUUGUAAAGAGUUAACGGAAAUUUUAAUCAAGCAAUAUUCAGUUUCUUCUGAAGUGGCAAAGUUAAUAUGUAACAAGUUCUUAAACACAUUCCGAAAAUGCCCUGAAAAUUCUUUAACUGACCUUCACGAAUGGAGAAAAUAUCUAUGGAGGACCGCUUUAGGCCAGUCAUACGCACAUUUAACAGAUGAUAUUUACAAAUUAUGGUUGGAUUUGAGGUACAAUUUUAUGUCUCUUACUCUCGAAACAAGAAAUCUCCUCAGUAAAUUGAGUGCUAAAUAUCUUCUAGCAAUAAUCACAAAUGGACCAUCAAAAGCUCAAUGGGAAAAAGUGAAUAAAUUGAAUAUUCGACCUUACUUCGAUCUUAUACUUGUCUCAGGUGAUCUACCCUGGGAGAAACCGCAUUCGAAUAUUUUUAUCAAGGCCUGCAAUAAAUUGAAUAUUGAACCUCAUCAAGCAGUUAUGAUUGGUGACAAACUGGAGACAGAUAUUUUAGGAAGUAUUAAUUCCAAUCUUUGUGCAAGCAUAUGGUUACCAUUUGGCGGGGAAGAAUUAAAUGGAAAUGGACCCAUUCCUGAUUUCAUUAUAAACGAUAUAACCGAGUUAGAAUCUUUACUGUUGCAGAUACAUAAGAUGAAGAGCAGUUUUGGUGUACAGUUGAGUGAUAUUGAGGAUUCGAAUAGUAAUAGUAGUGAUGGUAGCUGAACGAACCUAUGAUAAAGCCGGUGGAUUUAAACGAUGAUAGUGAUUUGAUUUCAACAAAAUUCUAUUUUCGAAUAAAUAUUGGAUUAGCUAGCAUGUUUCAAGGAUUUUAAAAUAACAUAAAAGAUAAUUUUUUUAGUUAAUAAUAUUUUAUUUAAGUUAAAAUGUAAAGAAUUUUCCUACAAUAUUUCUAAUUAUUAUCUUAUUAUUAAAUUGAACUACCAUAAAUUAAAUGUAAUUUGUAAUUA